CCGGCUUCGGGUGCCCAGCGUGGAACCUCUUUGCGUUGGCGACGCGGGGCCCAGGCCGGUGGUCGCUAGGCUGUGUCUUCGAAUCUGCAGUCCGGAUGGAGCCGCAGCUCCCGGUCGGAACCCAGCCCCUAGAUACUCUCCGGGGAUUAGAACUGAGGGGUCCAGUCCGGGAGCCCUGCACCCUGAUUUUAGCGCAAAGGAACGGGCUUUAUGAGUUAAUAAUCCAGUCACACCAGAAGGAACAGCGUGUUCAAGAUAUCAUUUCUAUAAAUAGUCAUUUUAAGUGUGUUCAAGAAGCGGAAGAAACUCUUUUGAUUGAUAUAGCUUCAAACAGUGGCUGCAAAAUUCGUGUUUAUGGGGACUGGACUGGAGAGCGCCGCUUUGAAAUUCCUGAUGAGGAACACUGUCUAAAGUUCCUCUCAGAUGUUCUUGCUGCUCAGGAAGCUCAGUCCAAACUUCUUAUUCCGGAGCAAAAAGAAUCUUCCAGCUGGUACCGGAAAUUAGAUACUAAAGACCAGACAUCUGAUUUUAAAGUAUAUCUUGGAUUUGAAGAUAAUUUUACAUCUAUGAAUUUAGACAAGAAAACAAGUUUACAAAAUCAGCCUAUAGGAGUUCAUCGGGAACCUCCACCACCGCCUCAUUCCAUAAAUAGAAUGCUUCCCCGUGAGAAAGAAGCUUAUAUCAAGGAGCAGCCCAAAGUGACCAAUACCAUGAAGAAGUUCUUUACACCUAAUACCACUGCUUCUGGCCAGCGGGAGGGUAUCAUUAAACAUAUCUUGGCAAAGCGAGAAAAAGAAUAUGUCAACCUUCAGAAUUUCAGAUUUUUUGUUGGAACUUGGAACGUGAAUGGCCAGUCUCCAGAUAGUGUAUUAGAACCUUGGCUAACCUGUGACUCGAACCCUCCUGAUAUCUACUGCAUUGGAUUUCAGGAGCUAGAUCUAAGUACGGAAGCAUUUUUCUAUUUUGACUCUGUGAAGGAACAGGAAUGGACCAUGGCUGUGGAGCGGGGUUUGCAUUCUAAAGCCAAGUAUAAGAAAGUUCAGCUAGUCCGCCUUGUUGGGAUGAUGCUCCUUAUAUUUGCCAAAAAGGAUCAGCAUCGAUAUGUCCGUGACGUUGCUGCCGAAACCGUUGGAACCGGAAUCAUGGGGAAAAUGGGAAACAAAGGCGGUGUCGCUGUGAGAUUUGUAUUUCACAACACUACCUUUUGCAUCGUCAAUUCCCACCUGGCUGCUCAUGUGGAGGAUUUUGAAAGGAGAAAUCAAGAUUAUAAGGACAUUUGUGCCCGAAUGAGUUUUGUGGUCCCAAAUCAAACUGCUCCACAAAUGAACAUCAUGAAACACGACGUUGUCAUCUGGCUGGGCGACUUGAACUAUAGACUUUGCAUGCCAGAUGCCAAUGAAGUGAAGAGUCUUAUUAGCAAGAAUGACCUUCAGAGACUCUUGAAAUUUGACCAGCUAAAUAUUCAACGCACUCAGAAAAAAGCUUUCGCUGACUUCAUUGAAGGGGAAAUAAAGUUUACCCCCACUUACAAGUAUGACUCUAAAACAGAUCGAUGGGAUUCAAGUGGAAAAUGCCGAGUACCAGCCUGGUGUGAUCGAAUUCUUUGGAGAGGAACAAAUGUUAAUCAGCUUCAUUACCGGAGUCACAUGGAACUGAAAACCAGUGACCAUAAGCCUGUUAGCGCCCUCUUCAAUAUUGGGGUGAAGGUUGUAGAUGAACGAAGGUAUCGGAAAGUGUUUGAAGAUAUUGUACGUAUUAUGGACCGAAUGGAAAAUGACUUCCUUCCUUCCUUAGAACUCAGCAGGAGGGAGUUUAUAUUUAAGAACGUGAAGUUUCGGCAACUACAAAAGGAAACAUUUCAGAUCACCAACAAUGGACAGGUUGCCUGCCAUUUUUCUUUCAUCCCUAAACUUAAUGACUCACAGUACUGCAAACCAUGGCUUCGGGCUGAACCUUUUGAGGGCUACUUGGAGCCAAAUGAGACAAUAGAGAUUUCCCUCGAUGUAUACGUCAGCAAAGAUUCCGUGACCAUCUUGAAUUCAGGAGAAGAUAAAAUUGAAGAUAUUCUUGUCCUUCACCUGGAUCGAGGCAAAGAUUACUUCUUGACCAUCAGUGGGAAUUACCUCCCCAGUUGCUUUGGUACAUCCUUAGAAGCUUUGUGCCGCAUGAAAAGACCAAUCCGAGAAGUUCCUGUUACCAAACUCAUAGACUUGGCAUUUAACACAACAUCUAUAAGGGUCAUUGGAUACUACUCAAAGGAAAACGUCUUUGAGAGCCUAGUUUGGCAGGAAGACACCGUAGGGGAUAAUGAUGGAUCCUCUGACCCACAGUGGUCUGAAAGGAAAUUCCUUUUCAUUCCAGAGGGACUUCCAAAUGAAGAAGACAGCCUUCCAGAAAAGAAGAAAUCCCUUCUGCAGAUGGGUCCCUUGGAUGAUGGUGCCAGCGAGAGACCCCUUCAGAUUCCCAAGGAGAUCUGGCUUCUGGUAGAUCACUUAUUCAAAUAUGCCUCUCGACAAGAAGACCUCUUCCAGACCCCUGGACUGCAGGACGAGUUACAGCAGAUCAUUGACUGCCUGGAUACCAGCAUUCCCGAGAAAGUCCCUGGUAGUAAUCACUCCGUGGCUGAAGCGCUGCUCAUCUUCUUGGAGGCCCUACCAGAGCCUGUUAUCUGUUAUGAGUUGUAUCAGCGGUGCCUCGACUCUUCUCAGGAUCCCCGCAUCUGUCGACAGGUGAUUUCCCAGCUUCCAAGAUGCCAUAGAAAUGUUUUCCGUUAUUUGAUGGCAUUCCUUCGAGAACUCUUAAAAUUCUCCGAACAUAACAAUGUCAACGCUAACAUGAUUGCUACUCUUUUCACAAGUCUUCUCAUGAGGCCUCCACCCAACCUUCUGGCAAGACAGACUCCAGGUGACCGCCAGCGUGCUAUCCAGUUCCUUCUGGGUUUUCUGCUUGGAAGUGACGAAGACUAAGACUCUUCCCCUUCUACUCUCCAAGAUUCUAGAGGCAGAAGACCUUUUGCACCAAGUAUUUUACAGUAAUCUGAAAAGCCGUUCCACAGAAAGGAGUCUCAAAACUGUUGGCAUGCAAAAAGCUCCUGUUUCUAGUACAAAGCAAAGAGAGUUUCCUAACCCCACCUUUUCCGUAUUCUACACAGCAAAAUACCUUUAGACUUAUAUUGCCAAGCCAAAGUUACCGUAUUUUGGUGUUUAUGUGUUUUCUCUUUAUAAAACAAAGAGAUCUGUAUUUACACUCCUUUACCUGGGGAUGUGUUUGUUGCCCUCCUCUCCUGCCCAGCUGUCUGAUUAAUCCUUUGCACCCAAGGUCUAGAUUCUGAGAUGUUCCUGUUCUAGACCUACAAGCACUACUUAUAGCUCAGACUGGUCCAUAUCCUUCACCUAACACACUUUUGCCUCCUCCCUCCCUGCACUACCCCUUUGCAUUCCACCCCAUUAGUUCCGAUCAUGCCAAAGGACGUCUGAAUCAGGCUAGUGAGUCUUUGGGUGUCCUCAACAGUGUGACUUAACUGUCUACAUGUGGUUGUUACAGGCGUUUGUGCAUUACUACUAAAUGGCCUCUGUAUGCCUUUGGGUGGAACCAUAUCCUGUAAAUAUCCUCUGCUACCACCAUUAGUAGCAGAGCUUUUGAGAGCUAGUGAUCAUGCCCCAUUGAGAGAAUCACAAUCAUAGUGGAAUCACUUUGAGCAUUUCAGGAGUUAGAAGAAUCAUGCUUGACAGGUCUUAUUUCUCACCAUCCCUUUCUGUUCCUAUUCCAAUUUGACAUGAUAGGUAUCCCGGGUGUCUCUGGCACCAAUCCCCCCACCUAGAAAUCCAUCUCAGGAGCAACACUUUACACUACAGUAAAAAACAAAGCCUGCGUCUGCAGUGGGCCUCUUGAGAGAUGGUCCUUCUGGUAGUGAGGGAAUUGAAGUCCCCUGAAGUGUCAGGGGGGGUAAAUCCACUCUCCCUCAGCAGAGCUGACUCUAGGUACUUCAGCCAGCUUCCAGCAGCUCUGGCACCUUAUUCGAUGCUUUCUAAAAGAUACUGGGCAAUGGACCAACCAAGCAUCUUUCCGUCCCUCCCCAACCUUCUUGCUCUGUGGUAGCCUUUUUGUAAAUUUAUAUUGGUUGGAAAACUAGCCAACAAUCACUGCACCAAAGCAGUUGACUUCCUCUUGGUUUUCUUUCAUCAAAGCCAACCUGAGUCAACUCGCUCUUGCCUAUUAAUAUUAGCUCCAAGGAGCUAACGUACAGACUCUCUGGCUGACCUUGAGCAUUGACUCCCUACUCUUCUAGAGCAUUUAAGGAGAGAGCCAGGGCCACAUCACCACCAAAUGGGUUCUCCAGUUCCAUCUCCCCAUCAGUUGAGUUCUUGGAGUUAGAAAGGAUAUAUAAUCCUGUAAUAGAUGAUUCAGCUCUCCGCUGAUGGGAAGUUACGGAAUUCAGAGUCAAGUAACUGUUGCCAAAUCGCUGCAGAUCUGACAGAUGAGGGGCGAGGUGUUGAAUUAAUUAGUUAACAGGUGACUU